UCGCCGCUUGAGAAGCUGUGGCACAAGACAAGAGAGGGAAAAGCAAAAAAAAAAGAAAAACAAAAAAGAAAAGAAAAACCUCGUGCAACAUGGCUGAACCAACUCAGCCGCUUCUGAACGAUUCAAACUCGUCACCGCCGAGAUCCCUCGACGACACGAUCGAGAGGUACAUUGGAAGCUUUGGGUGGGCCCAGUUCCUCCAGGCCACAUUAGUCUCCUUCUCCGGAGUUUUCGACGCUCAACAGACAUUCAUCUCCGUCUUCACAGACUUCGAACCCAAAUGGCACUGCACCGAGUCGUUCUGUCACGACUCCAUCUCCAACAUCUGCAUCCUCCCCAAAACCUCUUGGUCCUGGGACUUCCCUCCUCACGUCUCCGUCAUCUCCGAGUGGGGUCUCCAAUGCUCAGGCUCGUUCGUCAAAGGCUUGCCGGAGAGUUCCUUCUUCGUCGGGUGUUUAAUCGGAGGUUUGAUUCUCUCUACGUUAGCAGACUCUUCUCUCGGUCGUAAGAACAUGCUGUUUCUCUCCUGUCUCUUGAUGUCGAUAUCAACAAUGUUUACGGUUUUCUCGCCGAACAUCUGGGUUUACGCUUUUCUCCGGUUCGUUAACGGGUUUGGUCGAGCGACGAUCGGGACGUGUGCGCUUGUUCUCUCGACGGAGCUUGUCGGGAAGAGAUGGCGAGGACGUGUCGGGAUCAUGAGCUUCUUCGGCUUCAUGCUUGGCUUCUUGUCUCUCCCUGCCAUGGCUUAUAUGAAUAGAGGGAACUCGUGGAGGAUACUCUACAUCUGGACCUCGGUUCCGACCAUAAUCUACUGUGUUCUGGUUCGGUACUUCGUCUGCGAGUCUCCGAGGUGGCUGUUCGUUAGAGGUCGUAGAGAAGAAGCCAUUUCGAUUCUCAAGAGAGUUGCUUCGAUUCCUUUGAGUGAUGGUACCAUGAGCUUUUCGAGCUUACCAACUGAGGAGGAGGAAGACGAGAAGCCUAGUGUUAACAUCUACGCGGCCAUGAAGGUGUUGGUGGAAAAGAGAUGGGCGCUUAGGAGAUUAACCGCGGUUAUGGCGGUUGCGUUUGGGAUCGGUUUGGUCUACUACGGGAUGCCUUUAGCGUUAUCCAAUCUCGAUUUCAACGUUUAUAUGAGUGCAGCGUUUAACGCGUUGAUGGAUUUGCCAGCGAACCUCAUAACGCUUUUCCUCGUGGACAAACUCAGCAGGAGAAACGCACUCAUCGGGUUUACGGCCUUAGGAGGUGUCUCGAGCGUUCUCAUAUUCGCGUUACAGAAUAUGAGAAUAGGGAGCCACGGGGCUUUACAAUUGGUAUUAGAGCUGAUCUCUUACUUUUGCGCGUGUUCGGCUUUUAAUAUUGAGAUGAUAUACACAAUCGAGUUGUUUCCGACAUGCGUGAGGAACUCGGCGAUCGCAAUGACUAGACAGGCAUUGGUGCUUGGUGGGGUCUUCAGCCCGAUUAUGGUGGCAGCUGGUCGGAAAAACGGGUUCUGGUCGUUCGGGUUGUUUGGUUUAGCUAUAGGCUUGCUUGGUUUGUUUGCCGUCGCGUUACCAGAGACUAGAGGGAGUGAUCUAUGCGACACUAUGGACGAGGAAGAGUGCAAAGAUCGGCAGGGUAACAAUGAUAUCAUCAGUAGUGUGAUUGCAUGAUAUGAAUAUGAUGAAGAUUUUUGAAUGCAUGUAAUGUAGAUUUAAUUAUAAGCACAUCAUUGUCGUUUUAUGUAUUAUCUAACUUUAAUGUUAAUGGAAGAUGUACGAGUUAUUCGAAA